AAAAUCACAGGAGCCACGAGGUAGUCGAAUGGUGCACUUGUUUGACAAUCGGCUGUCUUUUCGCUGACAAAGGCCCUAUCUAUUUUUUUUCCUAAAUUGUUGAUGUAAUACGCGAAUUAGCAUCACCGGUGGAUUAUGUCCGAGAUGUUUUUGCUUCAAGCAGGACGACGUGGAGUUGAUAGUAACGUGUCCUAGUACUAACGAACAUGUCCUGACUUGUCUCUUUCGGCAAGGCCAGACCGGGGACAUGUGUUUUUGAAGGCUCCGAAAUGGACCACGAAUUCCCCGAGCGGCUCUUUUCCUCUUUUUUCAACGAUGACCCUCCUUGUCCUCGUCGACAUGCGAAUAUUGGAUGCAGAACAUCUUAUCGCCACGUGAUCGAUCAGCUCAUUGGCCAAACAAUAGAAUGGGAGGCUCAAAAUCAAGUAAAGGGAGAACAGUGGCUCCCCACGCAGCCCAUGGUGGUGCCUCUCUUGCCGCCCAACAACACUGAUGGGUCUUCUCAUCACCUCAGUAAAACUGACCCAGCGGACUUCACUCAACAGAUGCGGAAUUUUUACCUGGAUCAUUCCAAGUAUGCCUUUCAAACAAUGGGUCGCCUCCUUUCAGAAUCUUUGACACAUGAACAGACAUUUCAAUCAAUGUUAUGGAGGAGGAAGUUUCUGGAAAGGUUAAAAUUUACCACAUGCCCGAUUGUAACUGACCCCAAGACAGCUCAAUGUUACGACAAACUUUUUGAAGAUGUCAUCCACGACUUCCCUCCAGCUCUGCUGGCUGAGCUGCUGCAGGAGGAGCUGGCCUCUCAGAAGACGCAGGGCAGUUACCAGGAGUUGGCCACAGGGGGCACCCUUGGCUGUGUUUCCUUCACCGACUCCACUGACUUCCAAGAUGGCGUCCUUAUCUAUGACGGUCAGGACGCCUCACAAUCCCUCAAUUUCCAUCAGGUGGCGCUUAGGGCCGACGUCCAUGGCCUUUCCCGUCUGGAGCUGGUGGGUGGCCCUGUUAGCUGCCAACUGAACGGCCCUGUCAGGCAGAUUAGCACUGGCACUUACACCCGCACAGUGAAUGUGGGUGUGCGCUCUGACCAUUUCUGUGGAGUCUGGAUGGUGGGAGAGAGCAAAAGGCCUACUGCGCUGGAAGUCAUUCACACACAGGAGCCAGCGACAUGCCUGGUUGUGAGCCCCCACCUAUCAGACGAGUUGCUGGUGGCCAGUGAGAGUGGAGCAGUGUGUCUGUGGACAGUGGGAAAAGGACUAGCCAAAGUCCGAGAGGAGGACUCCAACCUAUAUUUCAACGCCAAGUCAGCGUGGCGCUGGUGUGAAUUCUCUUCCCAUCCCAGGAUCAUGGUCUACGCCGACCGAACUGGAGCCGACCUCACAGACUUCAGGGCGGGUGUCGAUCAUAGUUACACCUUAUUCCGCAUUGGUAUGGUGUCCGAGUCCAAGAGCGGGGAGCGGCUGAUCCUGUCGCGGUACCUCAGUGAGGUGCAUGGCCACCACCAUUUGAUGACCACACAGUAUUCUGCCUACGUCAUGGACGAGCGCAUGCCAUCCAUACCCAUGCUGAAGUGGGACCAUGGCAUGAGGAGUCCCCCCAUGUUCGCCAGUGUCCUACCGGGGACGUCGCCCCAGAGGAACCACCGCGUGCUGCUGGGCUCUCAGGACACCCAGGACAUUAUGAUGCUACAGUACUCGGGUGGCUGUGCUACUGCCUGUGUGGCACGAGGCCCCCAUCAGAAGCUGCUGAGUCCCAGUGAGGCGGUGGCCCACCUGCCCGUCCGGCUGCCCCACAGGAAGCAGGCUGUUUUGGACAGGCUGUCCACGCCAGCUGCCGGCCUAGCAGCCAUGCAGACCGGCCAGCACAUGUGUGUGUUGCAGCUGUCUGCAGCUGGGGACCUGUUCUACCAGAUUGCGCAUCUCUCCUCUGGACUCGACACACAAGAACCCUCAGGGGCCCCCGUGACCUCAGGCAGCAGGCUGAUUAUGCAGAGGUUCCGGGCUCUAGCAUCUGUCAAUACCUCAGAUGAUGAUGAGGAGGACGAGGACGACGAUCAUCGUACCAGACCGAGGAGACAAAAGGCUGAUAUUGAAGUGGUCGACUACAGCCAGGAUCUUUUUGAUGCUUCAGAUGGUGAGGUUGAAGGUGGGCAGGGAGACGGACUCUCUGCCCCCACCACCACCACUGCCUCCUCGGGUCUCAUAAAGACUACACUUCAGCCCCAUGAGGAAGUGGUGUGCAAGUGGAAAGACUGGCUCACGGCCCUCGACUCGAACCAAGCUCCUAAGUCCCCGUUCACGCAUCACGUGAUACCCGUGGAGGACCUGGCCUUCAAGGUCGCACCCGGGGGGAGGGACCCGCUCGUCGAGUUGGCCGCCCAGAGUGUGCGCCAGCAGCUGAGGAAAGGCUCGCGCGGAACCGCCGCAGCCUCGGUCCUGACCCACUCUGCCACUGACCUGCCUCCUCUCCGCGUGACCCCCGCGCCGGGGGCCGAGGAGCCCUCCAGGUGGAACGACGAUCUGAGCCAGCGGCUGGCGGUGUCGUGGCAGGGCAAGUGGAAGCAGUGGUGGCAGGACCACAUGGGGCUGAACAACGAGCUGAAGCGCCAGGAGCUGCGACGGAAGCGGCGGGAAGAGAAGGGUCGGCGACGCCGGAGCGCACCGUCGCUCUCCGGAAGCUUCGCUUCGUCCCUCAGCUGUCACUCGGACUCGGACCUGUCCGGUUUUUCGACCUGCGGCAGCCAGGACUUGGGCUCGGAUUGGGAGAAGGAGCUGAACGACCCCCCCGUCACCAAUGACUCUGAAGACGGGCCACCCUCACAAGAGCUCAACCCGACUUGGGAGUCGGAUAUCUGCCUUGGCAGGCCACUUUUCCAGAGCACGCAGGUGAACAUGAAGCUUAUCCCCGCAGCACAAGCGAAGAAGUCCAUUCUUGUAGACCGGCGGGAGGAGGCGGGUCCUUCGGCAAAUUCGGGGACGGAACGCGAGACCCUGAGUUCCACUCCCCAUAAGCGUCCCCGGCAGACAGAGCAGGAGAGUCUGGGUUCAACUCCCCUGAAGCUAAGCCAGCGGACUGGGAAGGAUACUCCAGCCUCUACACCACAGCGACCUUCCUGGCAGACGGAGCAGGAGCGGCUUGGUUCAACACCCUCAACGCCCUCCCGGCAGAGUGGGCAGAAGACUCCGACCACAACGCCACAGAGACAACCCCGGCGCACAGAGCCAGAAACUCCCCUAAAUCUAUCCCAAAGGACUGGGCCAAAUACUCCGACAUCUGCACCACAGACUCCAUCCCGACAGACUGAUCAUAAGAGUCUGGGUUCAACUCCCCUAAAGCCAUCCCAACGUGCCGGGCACAGCACUCCAACCCCAACGCCACAGAGACAACCCCGACGGACACAAGAGGAGACGCUUAGUUCGACUCCCCUAAAGCCAUCGCAGCAGGCUCCGAGCACAACACCUCAACGGCCGCCGCGACGCACAGAGCACGAGAUCAUGGAGUCGCUGUUCAGCUCCCAGGAGCCCAGUCAGUCGCUACUCGGGGCGGAUGAGGAGCAGCAGUCCCUACCCAUCAUGCACCACUCCUCCUCCUCACAGCCUUCCAGCUUCUCCUCGCAGCUCUCCAGCUUCUCCUCCUUCUUCUCAUCGCAGCGAGCGCCGCAGGUGCGCCCGGCCCGCUCGCAGACCUCCCAGCCCAAGAAGAAGAGUCGCAUGGGCUUCUAAGGACUAACAUGGAACUUAUAGCAGCAGAGAGAGAAACUUUGAUAUUGCACGCCUCCGGGAUCGUGGGCAGCUCAGGGACGCUGUAGUAACUGCUGUGCAGGUUCUGUGCGGUCCGCCUCGACACGAUCCACACCAGCUUCUUGUGGUCGGGCUUGCUGCACUCGGGCGAGGAGUACUCGGACAGGCACUGGGCAACGAGAACUCUCCACUGCUGCAACUCUGAAUCCGAGAUCUGUGGAGGAUUGGGGGGGGGUAGAGAGAAGGGAAACAAGCCCAAAGGCGUCACAACACUGGAGAUAGGCUUCACUUGCAUAAGAGCAGCCCUACUACUUCUACCGCCAACUGAGGCACCCUGCCUGAGCAAGAACUGGCUCUGGGAAGACUUGAGUUUUGAGAUUCCUCAUGGCUUGGGUGUCAUACCUCACCAGUCUAUGGAACGAUAUCGUGUGCCUUUUAUUACAUUUUGGUUCUGGUUCUUUUUUAUUUUAUUUUUAUUUA